GCCACCUUUCGUCAAAUGUAGGAAACUGGGUUUUUAAAACACGGGACGGAAUUGCGAAAUAAGUCUUUUCAACGGAAAAGUUGUGCAAGAUUCUGCAACCAACUCUGAAUAAUGCCAAACUACAGGACGAUAGACCCUGAGGAUGAGGUUGAAUGCCCUUAUGACAAGUCGCACAUGAUACGAGCCAAACGGUUCCCAUACCAUCUUAUGAAAUGUCGAAAGAAUUAUGUUGGCAUCGACUUCGCAGUUUGUCCUUUCAAUGCACGCCAUGAGAUGCCGCGGCCAGAAUUGCCGUACCACACUGCAAACUGCCCAGAUAAACAUUUGAUAGAACAGGACAUUAUGUUCGAGGCAAGAAAGAAUCGUUCUGACUCAGGUGUAUAUUUUAAAGGCAACACUAAUGUACCUUCUUACGAUCUUGAGUGGAACAGGCCUGAACCGACCGAAGACUGGGAUGCAGAGGUACCGGCAGUCGUGCGUGUGGGCGUUGAUCCGAAGAUCCUGAACGCCCCUGGUACAUACCGCAGUCUCACCGGGAUGCGCCCCGCCGAGAAAAAAGAAUACAAAAAGCGUCUCGUGCAAAUUGAGGAGCGAAAGAAACAGGGUUUGUCGUACGAUGAUCUUUUGGAGGAUAUGACUGGUACUAAGGCGGCGAAGGCUAAGCGGGAUGAAGAGGAGAGAUUGGCACGAGAGGCAGCGCCACAAGGUCAGCUUCGAGUGCCGAAGGAGAAACCGCGUGUCGUGCAGCAACAGGAGGUGUUACAGAAUAAACUGCUGAUGUCAGCAGGAAUUGGCAGAGGACGCCCCCCACAGUUUCAACCACCAUCAGCUCCCGUCACCAAUAGUGGCUAUCCCAACACCGACGUUGCAGGGACACACCUGAUCAAUCAGAACACAAUGCUACUCGCCCAGCUUGCCCGAGGCCGUGGUAUGGCCCUCGGGCGUGGGCAGCCUGUCCCAACGGUUGGCCUAGGACGCGGGGCGAUGCUGUCAAAACAGAGACUGGAUUUCCCGCCAGUUGGCGCAAACCAGGUAUCGAGUUUAGAACAGCAAGCUGCGCCCGGCACUAAUCCGCCAAGGGGAGUAGGGAGUAUCAACUCCGAAUCCAGCUCAAAUAGUAAUGAUGAAGAAGCGCCUACAAAAAAUCGGGGCCGGAAACUGCAGAAAAAACUCCGUGAAAUAGACGUUUUGUUACGACGGCAAAAAUUAGGAGCAACUUUGGACGCUGAUCAGUUGGAAAAGAUUUCGCAAUAUGACGAUAUUUUAACUAAAUUGGAACAGUUAGAACUUGAAUGAUACCGGUGAAAUAUGCUGGAGCAAUUCAAGGCUUUCUCGAGAUAAUGCUGGGCUUGCCCACUGACGGGUGUUCCCGGAGCUCCUGAGCAGAGGGCGUUUCAGUUUCAGUAUAUUGAUUUUAACAAAUAUUUUUCUUUUAUGGGGAGACUGGGCAAAUGCAGCUGAGGGUAUUUUCAAACCAAUGUGUUUGCUUUUCUGCACGAUUUCCAAUGGUUGGGUUGUUGGGUAUCAUAUGUAAAGAGUGGUUUCACGUGACGUCAUCCCCUGCUAUGCUGGAGGGACCCACAAAAGAAAGCAAGUCCAAAUGACGAUGAAGGCAUUUGAUUCAUUUAAGUCAGGCACGACGAAUCGUUGUUCUGCCCUCAAACAUGGCUGACCGUGAAAACACUAUGUACUUAUACCUGCAACACAAUAAGCUUUAGCCAAUGAACUUUGUGUAAGAAUGCAAAUUUUGCAGUGUAAACAAACCUCGUGGACAAAAGAGGGCUGGACUUUUUUGGUUUUGAUUAAUUUUUAGGAAGAUCGAGAUUUCAUUGAGCACAUAUAACGUGCUGAAAUUUUUUUGGAGGAGAGGUGUCUUUGGGUCAAUUCACAGAACUUCAUAUUAAUUUGUGGAGAUUUUAGAACUAUUGUCCAUUACGAGGCUAGAAUUUAGCCUUGGGGCGAAUACUUUAAAUACAUAUGCAUAUACUUCUGAUUUUGUGGGCCCCAUAUGGUAAAAAUUGGAAAGGAAAAUGUACUGUGUACGCAAGUGACCGCUUAAGAUUUGACUUCCCCUAAGAUGCGUAUGUACUUACAGAAUGGCCCCUUGUUAAUAUCACAGAA